AGUCACCGUUCAGUGUUGACCUGUUCUCGUUCUGUUGUGUGCGCGUAAUUAAAAGUUCUGAAAUAGAAUAACAUAGCCUUUACUAAACAAUAUUAUUUCUACCGUUAUUGGGCAAUAGUUGUGAUUGUACACAAUAGAUUCCAGUGUAAUUUUACUCUCGACUGCCUUUGGAUAGAAUUUUUUGGCCUUCCCAUUCUCAGUCCCAGACAAGUCAAAAGAGUGUCGGCGCCGCAGAUUUUUUUUUCUUCCGUACCGUCGGUUCGAAUUAUAUUUCGAAGUGUGAAAGUGUUAGUGUGCGUUCUGGUCACAGGAAACAUCAAAAGGAAGAAAUUUUGUGAUUUUAAUGCAGAAGUUAUGAGGCUAGUUACGGGUGAAAAUUUUUAUUGAAUUCGAAGAAAGUCGGUUUGUAUUUGCGAUUUAAAGUGCAGGUGUGAAACGGAAAUACGGUAACGGAACGAAAGUGGAUACAAAAUUGCGUAGAAGUUUGUGUGUGUGCAAGCAAAGAUUCUAGGGCGCUUCCCGGUUGGGAGGGCCGUGUCGGAUAAGCGAGGACAAACUAUUUAACCUGUCGAGUUUAAUUUAGGGGUCGGCCAAAGAAAUCGAUUUAACUGUGUGCGGAUCGGCGGAAGUGUAGAAAACUUGCCUCGUGUGUCAGCUGCUUGCUAUGAUCGGUUGGAAGGGUGUAUAAGCACAACACGAUUCAGGGAGUGACCGCAGUGCAACACCUAGCAAACGCGAAAAAGUUAUUUAUUUGAUCCAAAUGAAUCUAACAUGGCCGUGGCUUGUCUGAAGACUGCGAAUCAGCUGCCGUAUUCGACUUCUCCGUCCGGGUCGAUUCUGUCCGGCUCGGUCGGUACCGGAAGCGGAAGCGGCACCAUGAGCGGUGCCGGAGGGCACAUGCAGAGCCAACUGACCCGGUCGCUGGAGCGCAUCCUGGAGGAUGCCAAUCUUAGUGGCGAGCUGAAGCUUAGUGGGCGGAAGUUGAAAGAUUUUCCGAAGGCGGCCGGAAAGUAUAAUCUCAGCGAUACGGUCAUUGCAGACUUGUCCCGCAAUCGGUUUUGCGAACUGCCAGAAGACAUCACAUCGUUGGCCUUCCUCGAACGCUUACUUGUCUUUCACAACACAAUACGCUCGAUACCGGAUACGAUUCGGGGACUGCAUUCACUCACAUAUCUAGAUUUAAGGAACAAUCAACUGUCGGUGAUGCCACGCGAAAUUUGCUUCCUACCACUGCAAGUGCUGCUCGUUUCCAACAAUCGACUCGUUACGCUUCCGGAUGAGCUCGGUCGGAUGGAGGAACUGACCGAGCUCGAUGCUGCCUGUAACCAAAUCACACAUCUUCCUCCCCGAAUGGGCGAUUUGCGCAAUCUGCGCUCCCUGACGCUUCGGAACAAUCAGCUCGUCUAUCUGCCCCGGGAUCUAACGUGUUUGCAGCUGGUAUUCCUGGACAUUAGUUGUAAUAAAAUCGCCACCCUGCCGGUGGAACUUCGACUGAUGAGCUCGCUGGUCGAUCUGGAAUUGUCGAACAAUCCUCUAACCUCACCGCCGGCUAGCCUCUGCGUACGAGGCUUGGUACACGUGUUCAAAUAUCUGGAAACAGCAGCCGCCAAAGAGGAGAAAUCCAAAAGUGGCCUUGAUGGUCACGCCACCCUUCGUCGAUCGGCUCUCUCGUCCAAGAACUCGGGUGGCAGUUUACUGGACGGUACCCGGAAUCGGCGUGCCCACGUCGACUCGGGUUACAGCACCAGCGAUGGCGGAUUUGAUGGUAAGCGUUGGUCUCAGGAUGACCCGCAUGACUACGGUACUAGUGGCACAUAUUCACCCAAAUGGUCACCCAUUCCAAUGCACAUCGGUUUCGCGGGAAAGCCCCCGCCAGCUUCGGCAGCACCUUCGGCACUGUCGGCAGCUGCUCUUUCUAAUCUGUCCGCACCUCUGUUGUCCUCUGCAGGUGGAAACGGUUUAUCAGCUCUGCUCAGUGGAGACAGCCAUGGCGGUGGAGGUAGUGGGGGUGGUACGUUGGAGGAAGAAUUCAAGAAAGGUGUCAUGCUGCUGGAUCAGCAAGAGCGAAAGAAGUCGUUGCAGAAUAAUAGCAAUGAUAUUUCUCCAGAAGGCGAUCUAACCCCAGACAGUAUGAAGGCUGAUGAUAAAUUGCGAUCACUUGGAAAUAUUCAAACCUACAGGGAAUACAAGGAGGCACUGCGCCAGCAACGCAACCAAGUCGACAUCUACCGACCCAAAGAUCAUCAAGCCCAAACGCCAGACAGCGGUGGAUCUACUACAGAUUCACCCGUCAGCAAUUACUCUCCCUACAAUAAAUCUCAAACCACAACUCCAUCACCGUCUGUAUACAGCAGCAGCAACCAAAGUUCUCCCCUUUCCCCUCAUCACACCAACAUCCACAAACUAAACCAAAUCAACGCCAAUGGAGGUCAUAAUAAUGGUUUCAAUGCCACCAGCAUUUCUAGUCCUCUUCUAUCUCCCAACCGGAACAUUGUGGCACCAUUCGAGGAGGUGAAUUCUGGCACCAACAGCACCACAUCUACGCCGAACAAGCGACCGGUUCAAAAGGUGAUUCCUUCUCGAAAUAUCACCUCAACAUAUCAGUCCAACCCAUCGCCAACGCAUCUCAACGGGAACCAUAAUCUGUCGACGGGUUCGUCGUUGGCAAACGGAAAGAUUCCCAUUCCGAAUGGCAACCCCAUAAAAACGGUCGUAACUAACAGCAGCUGUACGGAUUACGCCUACGUGAAGCCUAAUAGUCCCUGCAAAGCAUCCAGUGGUAUACUCUCGCACAAUAAUGUUCCUUCUUCGAUUCCGAAACCUACGGCCAAUGGCGGAAGUUCCCCGAAUGGCAACCAGAAACCACUCACGGCAACCGUGGGUUAUGUGAAUAAUGCUAAACCGGGACAGAAAACUAAUAAAACUGUCUCCUGGAAUCGGGAUGUGCCAACGGAUAAACUGAGCUUCACGAUGCGCCGAGAGUUCGACAAGCAGAAAGAGGAAACCGAACUUAUCGAGCAGCUUCGACAGAUUAUUGAAACCCGUUUGAAAAUGUCUCUACCGGAGGAUAUUGCUCCAGCACUAACGGAUGGUGUGGUGUUGUGUCACCUGGCGAAUCAUGUGCGACCACGUUCGGUUGGAAGCAUCCAUGUUCCCUCGCCGGCUGUGCCAAAACUAACAAUGGCUCGAUGCCGUCGCAACGUGGACAACUUUCUGGAUGCCUGCCGGAAAAUCGGUGUAGAUGAGGAGUUGAUAUGCUCCUGUCUGGACAUCGUACCACCAUCCGAACCGCCGCCGCCACCACCACCGCCGCCAGCACCGGAAUCGACAGCAGUGGGCUGGGAACAGCAGCCCGGUGAACAAUCCGAACAGGAAAUAGAUCAAAUCCGGCCACCGAAUCCAUCGGCACUGUACCGCACUAUGGUGGCGCUACUGAAUCAAGCUGAACUAAUGCCGCAUCCAUUGCCGUCUAAUGGCUUGAACCGUCCAACCUCUCCUCCUCCACCGCCUCCCAUUGGCAACAUUAACAAAUCCACAACCACACUUACUGCAGCCAACACCAAUACAACAACAGAAGAAGACUGCGAAGGGAACAAUCAGCCCUACAUGCACCAUCCCAUUGGUUAUGAAGAGCCAAAUGGUAACUAUCGGGCUUCCAUGCAUUCCCACGGCUUUUCAAGUGUCACCACCACCGCCACUAACAUUGAAACAUCUAACCGAAACAAUUCGUGUAACAUUUCCUCUCCCGUGCGUGCUAAAAUGCUGCUUGAGUACCAUUUUGACGAGCAGGAGGAGUUAGAGCGGGAGGACGUUAGUAAAGUUCAGGCCAGACUUAGGGCUGUUAGUAGUGAAAAUGAGCUUUCGCUUGUGAUAGGAGGUGGAGGAGAUGGACGAAAUGUCCCUGCUUCGUUGGAUCUUAACACAACCGAAGGUGGUAGAAGGAAGCGCAAGUUUCCCAGUACUCGCUUUAACGGUAAACGACAGCUGCAACAGCAGCAGUAUGAUCACGCGGGAAACAGUUUGAAUGAAAUCGUUGAAGAGUGCGAGUAUGAUAGUGAUAUCGGCAAGUUUCGAUGUAGGCAGGAGGGUGAUUUCGAUGAUUCGGAAAGCAGUUUGAACUCACUGGACGAGGAAGCGGCAUUUACGCCAACCAACGCAAACCAGGGUAUCAAUGAUCUGAACAUCUCGACCGGGGGACCGGAACCGAGGGUGAUACUGAACUUCAACAUCAACUCGGAGGAUGAUAACGCGGCAGCAGUGAGCAGCAAAAUCGUCAGCAAGCGGAUUGAAUUUUUCGAGAGCAAUGCAAACGGACAGGGCGAUAAGAUUGUCAAUUGUUCACUGAAACGCAGCGUCAGCGUUGAGGACAAUGUAGGAGACGGCGGACAGAGGGAGUGCCUGCCGAACAGAAAGAAGUCGGAACAUACAUCGAUUUCGACCGUGCUCUGUCUCGGCACGUUCCUGUUUACCGUUAUUUUCCUGUACUUAUAUCCACUGCCGAACCGUUAGGAGCGGUAGCAGAUUUGUUAUUAUUUUUUAUUUGAUGUUUUUUUCAUAUUUUCUGUUAUUUUUAAUCGUAGAGAGAAGAUUUCCUUUUUAUUCCAAUACAAUCAAUUUUCAUGAUUUUUUCGUACUUAUUACAGCGGCAGGUUUUAUUUUAAUGUUUAAAGAAAAACACAUGUAUUCCAAAUAAUAGAGGUGAUGAACUGAUUUACUUUGAGAUUCAAAUCUGUUGUGUGAUUAGGUGUCAAGUGUUUGCACAAAGAACAUCCCCGUAAAACGAUUUUUCAUUCCUUUCAUUACGAGUGGAAAAGAACUGUUAAAAUCGUGUAGGUAGCUGGUUCCGACGGAACUGGACAAUCAAUGGUAAGUGAUUCAAUUGGCUGCUUAAAUCAAAAGUUCAUUCCAUAGUAACAUUUCUUUAUUAUCAUCAUAUCGCAUGACGGGAAAAAGUAUAUAAAACCAAAUUACUGAAUAUCUCUAAAUGGCACGAAAUUCGGAAAAAUACCAUUUUGAUUUUUUUUUUCUCGAAAACAAUUGCCUGAAAAACCAUGAUUUUAUGCGCUUUACAGAGCUAACAAAUAUCGAGUCUAUUUUUUGCGUUAGCCCAUUUUUUUGUAUAAUUCACGGUUAUCUUUACCUGAAGUGAGGAUGGCUCGACAAAAUUUGUUUUGAGAUAUUUAUUUCUCGUUUUAUGUACUUUGUUUUUCACUGUGCAUCGUUAAGCUAAAUGAUUCAAACAUGAUAGUUAAUCCCCCGGAAGUCGCGUGUUGUAUUGAGUGCGCAUUGUUCUGAAUUUCUAUAUUUAGGCGACCGAGGCUUUGGUCGCCUAAAUGUAGAUACUGGCGCGACAGCCGGAGGACUAUAAGUUGCGUUCAAAUCGUUGGUAUCCUCUAUCAUUUCCUAUCGACGAAUUUUACUGUUGACCAAAGUUCUUUAAAAGUUUCUGAUCCUUCUCUUUUCUCGACUAAUUACGAGAAAAUUUUAUUAGUUAUUAUUUGCUAGAAUACGGAAAUGUUCGAAAGAAAUUCGAUUGAAUCUAACCGUAUGGCCAACGAUUUUCAUUGCAGCGAAAUCGAAUUUGAAUCAUAAUAAACAUACAUUCGAAUCAUAAUCACCGACGAUUUCGAAAAGUAAAUCAUUUCACUCCCUGUAUGAAAUUCAUUCCGAGAGGCUUUAUUUGUAGCAAUGUGUAAGUUUGUUUUCAUUCUUUAGUGUGAGUUGGCUCGUUUCAUGCCUUUUUAUGUUUAGGUUCCUUUUUUACUCGUAUCGAAGAAGUAAUUUUAUCUGAUAUUUAUUUUAAUUUCUGAAACUAAGAUAACAACGUAUAUAAGAGUCUAGAAUAAUGAAGAACAAUAUAAUCAAAAUUUCGUGUCAGUAAACAAUCGAUUAGAAACGAAGAAGAGUUUCGCAAACAAUCACAAAAUACACACGAACAUACCAAAAACCUAGCAUUAUAACGCAAACAACGUACCGAAAAGCAAAUACCACAAUCUCGUACACAUUGGAUAACCACACUCGCUAGCGGAUCGAUCGGUCACACAGAAUGUCUUAAACCAAGUUAAGCAAAGCAGUUGCCUUAUUUUCGUGAACUGGUUCAAAAGAAAAAGCACUGAGUUCCCGACUCGUAUAACGAUGGGGGAGCAGUGUUAGUAGGAGUAAGGUCCGUCACAUCGUAGAAUCUCGUACAUGUAAACCAUUAACAUUGUUGAACUGAACACUACAAAACUAUUGUGAGCAGAGCACAUACACAUUCACACACACACAUACACGCAAAUUGAAUCAAUAAAUAGAUGUGCUGUUGAUUUUUCUAAAACGGUGGAAUUAAAAGAAUUCUACUGUAUUUUAAAAUGAAAAACAAUAGAGUAAUAAAAGUACAUAGAGAGAUCUAUUUUACUAUCAUUCACCGAACGAAACUUUCAACAAUAAAAACAACUGGCCGUUGCACCAAUACUAUCUCACAGUAUACUAUCUCUCAGUGUAUCUUACUAGUUUUCUAGAAGCUUUUACUGUAGUAGUUCCAAGAGUUCCAGCAUCACGAAACAUUGAGAGGAACCGAAAUUUUACAAGUUAUCUACUAUCUAUAAAUCUCACUACCAAUUCGGUCUAGUCAGUCCAACGCUAAUGUACUUAAUCUGUUUUAUUUAUUUUAUGUGCUAAAAUCUUUUCAUUCAUUCCUGUUCGACGACAACGCGUCAUCCGAUUUCACAAAACAGCCACGGAAUUUGAUUUCCCGUAAAUAAUCAACUUCGUAAGCUUAGCGUACCUCGAAUCGUUUAAAGUUCAAAGAAAUUAAGAUUUGAUUUGUUUGUUUUACAUUUUUUUGAAUGUUUUAUUUUAAUGAUAAGAAUGCUAUAUAUGUUUAUUUAUCUCUUUUGUAUUUCUUUUACAAUGAAUAACAAGAACACAAAAGGAUCUCCAAAAAACGAAUUUUCACCCAUGGUAGCUUUAAUACAACUACAUAUGUAUUUCAUUGCGAAAAGAUAAUGUGCAUGAUUCGCAAGUUUAACCACAUUCAUUCCUUUUUUAGCUGCAUUAGGGACCAUUAAUAAAUUACGUAACCGGAAAAACACUUUCGGCUACUAUUUAACAAAUAGUUCUUCAGUAAAACAUGCUAAGCCAAGUUCUGACUAACUCCCCCUUCCCCAUAAGUCACAAAAUGUCACAUUUUGUGGUAUCACCUCUCCAUAAAUGUGUUACAUAUUUUAUGAAUAGUCCCCUGCUGCAAUAGCACGUGAAAACUAAAACAACAGUUCCAAAAUUAUAUUCUGUAACGAAACUUUAUAGAGAUCUGCUGAGUAUCUAUUGGCUUAAACUACUAGGUAUUUAUAUUAUAUAUAAAAAUAAACAUAUUUAUUCACUAAUGAUACAACAUCCGGACUGUUUAUCUAAGUACUUAUGUAUAAGCGUUAGCGUGGCUCAUGAUUGUGUGACCAAAAUUGAAAAUGUUCGGGUUUCAGAAUCUUUCGGACUUUAUACACAAAUAUUGAGCCACUCUUACACACACACGAGCUGCGCUAGGCUUCUAGUUUUCCGUAGACUAGGUUUGUGCAAGAAUAAAAAAACAUAAAUAAUAGGAGCUUAAUAGGUUUGUUGGGCUGCAUUGGUUUCUACCGAAACGGAGUCGAGCGAAAAAAAAAGAGAAAAUGUUUUACUGUAACAGUGAGUGAUGAAGCGAAUGCAGCAUUGUAGGAACUGAUAUGAAAUGGAAUAAUUGUUGUAGUAUACCGGAAAAGUUUCCUCCAGCAAGUUUUUUGAAUAACUAGUUAGCAAGCUUCAAUUGAAAAAAAUGCCACCCUUAAAAAAUAUUGUUUUAAACAGAAAAGAAACUGAAAGUAAACAUUGUUUUAAUUUCUGGUGGUAGAUACCAUACGGAGGUAAUGACACUUUCACCAGGGUAGGUAGAACAGGCGAUAGUGCAUCUUAUUGCUACUGAAUUAAAUAACUGCACGGUUACGAAUAUAAACAUGAAUACUUUAUGACAAGAGAUGUUUCAAGCUAGGAUUGUGAUAAUUUACUACCGAUAAUAAUGAUCACUUUACUGCCGCUAGAAGCAUAAUUGUCCCAUGUGUAUAGGGAUUCCCAUAGCACAUGGGGCAGUUAUGCUUCUAGCGGCAGUUUAGGUUGUAAAGUUGACACAGGUAAUAUGUUUGAUGAGUUAUUUUUUAUUUAGAAAGCAGAAGCUGAAAUUUCGACAAGCUUAUUUGAGUUUGUUUCAAUUCAAUGCGAAAAAUAAUUUUCGUCAAAAUUUUCGAAGUUGACUUCCACCUUCUCAGAUGAAUUUCUCUCCAGCUGGUUUCGCGGUUUAUACUACUGCAGUCAGCCUUUCAACAUUUUCUAUUCCGUUACCGAAUAUUGAACGCGAGAGUCUUCGUUCAAGCGCUAUAUGACCUUUCUCUUUCAACGAACAGAGCAACAGGGAGUGUCAGCGAUUAUUUUCAUGUAUUCAGGGGAGCAGUACAAAAGGUCAACGUUGUACUAAUCUACCACAAAUGGUCAUAUGUACAAGUUAGCCUUUUCAUGUCUUUCGGGGUGUUUAUUAAUUUGAGAAGUUCAGUUCAAACAAUAACUAGGGUUCUAAUUUUAUCAAGAUCUGAAAAUUAACUUUUUUUCGUUCUAGUUAGAGUUUACUAUCUUCAGUGAAGUAGGAUACAUGGUUCUAUAACAUUCGCCCGAAAAUCAUUAACCUGAAUAACGUUCGCCCGAAAGCUAUUUACCCGAAUGGACCAUUUACCCGAAUGCCCCAAACCCGAAUAGACCACUUGCCCGAAUGUCAUUAACUCGAAUACUGUAUUCACGCAAGCAUAAUAUAAAAUCAAAUCCAACGGAAGGUAACCCUAUGCUUAUAAGACCAUUUACUAUUGUUAAAAUUCCAUCAAAAGAAAACUAAAAUAACUACUAAAGUUCAACAAGCAAGCAGCCGUUUUCUCAAAUUUCGUUGCUUUGAUCAGUUCAUAAAAUCUCGGAUAGUGAAUCGAUUUUUAGAGGUUUUACAAACGAAGAAUUAUCUAAGGAGCCAUGUUGCUCAUAUCAGUGCCAUAAAAAAUCAAACAUCACCAUGCGUCCAUCUUCAUCAUGUUCUAUACCCGGUAAAAAAAACGCGGACGAACAUGGUCAGGCGAUUUAAACAGUUUGACGUUUAACUCAACUCGCCUGUGCUAAUUGCCCCUACGAACAAAUGCAAUUUGUGAAUGCGAUUUAAAGGCAAUUUCAACACUUAGACAAAUUUUCUGGCGGCUGAAAAGGACUUGGUUGUUUUUGCGUUUUUCAAACAUGGCGGCUCAUGUUUGGCUUAAGCCUAAAAAUAGUUUUUUUAAACGAUUGGCGUGUUCUCGCUUGUAUUUUGUUUGUCUAGUGCACUUCAUUUAGCUAACGAAUGUGGGAAAUUGUGGAAUCGUGUGUAAAUAUAGUGGAAGAAGAUAUCUGACCUAAACUCUUAAUAAAAGUCAGGUUGUGGUAAGUUUUGGUGUGCAAUGCCACUUUCACCAUUGAUUCUUCCUAUAGUUUAGUGGUGAUUACCUAGUGUAGUGAUAUGUUUAUGUGAGUAUAUAAUGAACCCGAAAAUAAGUAAUAUUUGUAAUUUUCAUAUUAGGCCAAUAAGGGCGAUUAAAUGGCGCGUUCCCUGGGCGAUUUGGGGGCGAUUUAAGGGUGGGUAGAGCGGCAAAAAAUGACAUCGGCAAAUCGCCCAAAUGUUGCAUUUGAAAUAGCCCCCUAAUUGCCAGCAAUUUGCUGGCAAAUUGAAGGGCAAUUAGCGCAUCCGAGAUGGCAAAUAGCCCCCGGUUAGCCAGCAAUUUGCCCUUUUUGACAGGGUAUCAACGCCGCCAUUACGGGUUCGAAAACCACGUGGGACCGUCAUCGUCAUCAUCUACAUUACUUAAACUACUGCCAGUUAAAUCUCAACAGAAGUUUGAUGCCCAGAAAGCAGUUUUGAGCAUACCGUCGUCAUAAUCAUUGAUGUAUUCCGCAUCAUUCCCGUCACCGACUCUGGGUGUUGAUUGGGUUGCUGUGAUUUCCCAGAUCUGUGCACUAAGAGCUGCACAAUUUCGUCCAAGGAGUCACCGUGAAGAGCCACUUUUUUGUUCCUUCCCCCACUGGCAAGCAGGUAGAAAGGCGAAUCAAACUACAAUUAGUAGUAGGAGUAGAAUGCAUGUAUGGGAGUAACACACAUCGGAGUGAAGAGGUAUAUUGUGAAAGAGAAGAGCGGUGGUUCGCAUGAAAAGUGCAAAGAGCGUUUUUUAUUCUUCUCUUUAUUUUCUCUGAGGCGCAUUACAUCGUUGAUGAGUAUUUCUAUGAAUUCGUUUACCAAAUAGCCCUCUCAAGUAAACUGGUGAUACACUCGUUUGCCGGGUUUACUCAAACAUAAAGGUUGAUUCCUUCGUUCAAGCAUGAGCAGCUCUUUUAAUCUGUAUGCCAACUAAGUUCGCAAGGAAACUGUAGAUUCACACGUUGGCUCGGUUUACUCACACUUAGGGGUUAAUUCCUUCUUUCAAAUAAGAACAACUCUUUGAAUCUGUAUGUCAAAUAAGUUCGCAAGCAAACUGUAGAUUCACUCGUUUGCCAGGUUUACUCACUCUUAUGGGUUUAUUCCUUCUUUCAAAUAUGAGCAGCUCUUUGAAUUUGCAUGCCAAAUAAGUUCGCAAGGAAACUGUAGAUCCACUCAUUUUCCUAGUUUACUUAAAUAUCAGGGUUGAUUCUUCUUUCAAACAUGAGCAGUUCUUUGAAUCUGUAUACCAAAUUGCCCUCGCAGAAAACUGUUGAACCGUUUGCCCGGUUGAUUCAAACCUCGAAGUUGAUUCUUUCUUUCAAAUAGGAACAGUUCUUUGAAUCUGUGUGCCAAACAAGUUCGCAUGGAAACUGUUGAUCCACUCUUUUGUCCGUUUUACUCAAACAUAAAAGUGAAUCUUCUUUCAAACAUGAGCAGUUCUUUGAAUCUGUAUACCAAAUAGUCCUCAAAAGCAAUCUGAUGAUCCACUCCAUUGCCCGGCUAAAUGAAAAUCAAAUAAAAAAUUUAUUUCAGUUAAUUUAAAAUUUCCCGCAUUGUAUUUUCAUUUCGAUAUUUUUCGGGUGAAUGGGAUUCGGGCGAUUGGCAUUCGAAUGCCACUCGUGUGAAUGUCUUUUGGGUAAAUGGUUUUCGAACGAACGUCAUUCGGGCCAAUCUGAUAGAAUUAGAGUACAUAUAUGCGGGAGCUAUAUAUGUUACAUAGAGUUUUAAAAGAAAUAUAAAAAUAAAGAAUAAGGUAUUGCCUUAAACAAGAUCGUUUCUGCAAUUUUGAUUUUACACUAAAGCAUUCAACACUAAGGUUGCUUUCAGUCGAAAAAAUAUUUUAAGGCAUUCCAGUAUUUAUUAAAAUAAUGACAAAAAUUAUAGCUUGAUAAAAUUAGAACUAUCCAUCUGCAAUUUAAACGAAAGAAAGGCACUUUCAUAGUAUGAAAAACUUUCCAUAACAUAAUAUAAGGUUAGAUUAUAUAGUUUUAGUGAACAGUCGAAAUUCAUGUUGUGGGAUUUCUCGGAGUCUCACUUUGUCCAUGAAAUGGCUCAAUCUUUGAGCUUUGAUUUAACUCUCGACUCAUCUCUUGCUUUUCGUACGUCAUCAUUUAACUUUCGUCUCAGUGAGUUGUUUAGUAGCUGAUUCCAAGAGCCAUUUAGCUCCUGUUUCCAUGUGUCAUUCAGUUCCCUGUCUUAUCACGGCCUACUCGGAUAGUCCCCGGCGCUGAACUCACCUUACUCUGACUGAGAAUUUCCAAACGGAAGAAUUUCGCCUGACAUCGAUACCUGCUUCCUUGAGCCAUUUAGCUCCCAGCUUAAUCGAGAUCUUCUCGGAUAUUAUCCGGACUGAGAGUUUCCUGGCCGCGGAAUUUCUCUCUGUCCCCAUGUCUGUUUCGUGAACCAAUUAGCUCCCAUUUUUGUCACGAGUAAGUCGGAUAGUCCACGGCGGAGAAUCUAUCAUACUGUGAAUUCCCCGAUAGUAGGUUUCUCCCGAUACUGAUGUUAGUUUCGGUGAGCCUAUUAGCUCCCCACUUUGUCCCUACUCGAUCGGUGCUGAACCCGGCGGUGGACCUUGCCUACUCAACGGGCCAGACACUGAUGUCUGUCCAGCGAUUCCGGGUGGAGUGUGUAGCUUCCGGUUCACUGGCGCCCCAACAACUCACUGCUAGUUAUUUGACGCGAUCUUCUCGCUCCAAUCCCCGGCGGUGGAUCUAGCCUACUCAUGAGCUAUCCGUUAGGGUAUCGAGAUCUGUCCGGCGAUUCCGGUGAAGCCUGACAUCCGGUUCACUGGAGCGCCGACGAUCCGAACCCGGUGCUACGUCGUGUACUACUCCACUGGUUCCCGGCGGUGGACCUAGCCUACACCGGCGGAGAGUUUCCCGGCGGCCGAAUUUCUCCCGAAACCCGGUUUUUGGUUUCACUGCGCUUUCUCUGCAGCUCGGAGAGUACACUCGUAACCACUGUGUUUUGACAGCAUGCCAGAUCGACACAGACUACGAUCCAGAUCGUAGGACAUUGAACUACUUCGAACCUAGGGCAUUCGAAGACCACAUGUUCCGAUGCCUCUUGUACGUUCACAUACUUCGGGCAGAGGGGUGACCGAAACAUGUCCAAACCGAUGCAGGUAGGUACUUCCGGAAACAUCCGUUCCCGGACAAAAACUGCGUCAAAUGGAAGUUUACCUCUCCAUGCUUCCUAUACUGGCACAUUUGGGAUCAGUCGGUGGGUCCACCUUCCAUUCUCCGCGUUGUACCACUCUUGCUGCCACUUAGCCAACGAGUCCGUUCUGACCAGUCUCCUUGCAUUUCGUGCAUUCCUUCGCUGGUAGCAUUCCACGUCAUCAGCUGGAGUAAUUCAGAUGGGGAUCAUCCUGGCAAUUACGUAUACCGCCUCCGACGGUAUUGUUCUUCGUCCGACUCCGCGUUGAGUUUAGCGCAGCAGCCCAGACCGGUACGCCACACCUCAGUUUUGAGAAUGAGACACAAACCAGGAGAUAUUAGUUGUCAUUCUCACAUACAUAGUCGACAUGGUUGUUGUAUUUUAACCGAUCGUCGACUAUUACACCCAGGUGACUUAGCGCACGCAUCGAAAGAAUUGACUGUCCGCCGACACUGAUCACGACACGCUGAAUUUUUUUCGGUUGCUGACCAGUUCCAAGAUGCCUAUUGUCUCUGCCGUCAACAUCUCUAUGUCCUCAAGGGUCUCACCGGUUAUCGUCGUUAACGUCGUCUGCAAAGCCUUCGAUCUCAACUUCCCUGGGCAGUUCCAGUGUUAACACUCCGUUACAUUCUAGAGCCAAGUAUGGAGCCCCGAUGUACUCCCGCCAUGACCCUAAUCGUUCGCUGCCCCAUGUUCGUCUUGUACACCAGUACUAGGUUCUGAAAGUAACUUUUCAGAACCUUGCAUAAAUAGUCAGGGACCUGCAUUCUGUGCAGCGCUACGGCGAUAGCCACCCAAUUGGCGCUGUUGAACACGUACUUCACGUCAAUCGUUACCACGGCGUAGUAGCGAUUACCCCACUUCUUUUGUUUCAAUGCUUUCUCUGCGCUCGCGAUAACUGUGCGGGUGGCGUCCACCGUCGAGAUUCCUUUCCGGAAUCCGAACUGCUUUUGCGAUAGUCUGUUCUCACUAUUAGCGUAGUUCGUCAGCCUGUUGAGGAUGACCCUUCCUAGAAGUUUACCAAGAGUAUCCAGCAGGCAUAUAGGCCAAUACGAAGCUGGAUCGGUGACUUCGCUGGUUUUGGCAGCAACACCAGCUUCUGGAUCUCAUCUGGCCGGGAAGUAGCCUUUGUCCAGGCAUUUCUGUAGGACUAUCCAAAAUAUGUCCGGAAACGAAAGGAUCGCUGUCUUCAGUUGGGGAUACCGUCCGGAUCGGGAGCUUUCUUCUUUUUGUCGCUGCUAUGAGCUCGAUUGUCACCUGCAUUAUUAUUAUUAUUAUUUAUUUAUUUAUUUAUUGAGCUUUAACCGCAUAGGGUCAUUGGCCAAUCUGUCUCCAGCAUUUCCGCCGUCUCCAUCAACGUACGGUCUAGAUGGCUAUGUGGUGAGGUCGUGUUGCGGGAAGCCUCUCCACGAUAAUUUUCAAUUUGUCAGCGCAAAUUUUAGCUGGUGUCGUUGGAUCCUUGAUCUUGGUCAUCACGACACGGCAAGCGUUGCCCCAAGCGUCUACUGCUCUGCACAGCUCCUUGUAGCAGGUGGACUCCCUAAGCACUAUCUCGAGUUCUCUGACUGCCUCAGAUCUUGCUCACGCGUCUUCUGGCUUUCACGCAGGCAGGCAAGCAGCACAGAGGAUGCUGAGCGGUUCGCUCCACCAAUAUGCCAGUUCCUUGGCUCCGCAAAUGUUUCCGACAGCUCAUCGGCAUUCGAAAUUGGAGCGAGGCUGUCAGCACAAAGUGCUUCUACAAAGAGGCCCUAGCCGAAGCCCUUUAUUUUCCACUUUCGACCAAUGGUUUAGUGAAUCGCCUGGUAGUCGCUAUGUGUGUACUGCUCAUUAGUUUGCUAAUUCAUGUUAUCCAUCAGCGACGCGCUGCAGAAUGUUACGUCGAUGGUGGAUCCCCGCUCGUCUUUACGGAAUGUGCACCACAGCUUCACAUCUAGCUUCGCCUCUUUUGUUAGUAUGUCUGCUACCCCACUCCACGGCCCAAGUGUUAAAAGCUCCUCCUAUAACAAUCGGUGUUCGCCCGACUACCGAAUCGGUUAGCGCGUCCAGCAUCCGAUUGUACUGCUCAGGUGUCCACCGUGUGGGAGCAUAACAGCUCCAUACGGAUACGCCGUUGAUUCUGGCGAUCGCGAAGCCUUCGUGUUUGCUCUCCACCACCGCUUGGACAAGUAAACCGCCCAUUACUUGGAUUGCCGCCAUCCUUGUACUAUCCACCACCCAGUUACCGUUAUCGGGAGGUACACAAUACGGUUCUACAAUAAUUGCAACGUAGGACUUCGUUUCUGUUGUUGACUGCCACAACAGUUUCUGUGCAAUGUCGCAAUGAUUGAGGUUAAGUUGGAUUAUCUCCAUCAUCAUUGGCGUGUCUUCGCCUUUUUGUACCAUGGGUAUCAGAAGCCUCCCAUCAUGUGGUCCUUUUCGCCCUCAUUUGUGUGUAGCUCCCUUCUCCCCACAGUUUUUGCACAUAUCAGAUCUGUCCAGGCCUUCACGGUUUCUUGCCUGAUGGCCGAAAGCCAGGCAUCUGAAACACCUCUCCAUUUGUUUAGUGGCCCUAGGGAUCAAUGGUAACGAGCACACCGACCAUCCGAUUUUGAUUUUACUGUAUCGACAUAAGCUGGUUGGUUUCGGUUGACGUUAAGCGUAUUGCUGAUGCGACUGUGUGCCACUGUACGCCUUAGCGCGCUCCUCACUUCGUCUUCCGUUGUGAUCUCGUCCAGAUUCCUGCACUCGACCACUGCUGUCUGAACCAACUUUCUCAUGUUCGCUUCUCCUCCCAUUGCUUCUACCACGAGUUACCGAUAGGUCGAGCUCUUGAUCAAGGGAUCUUUCUUCAACCUAAACAGCAUCUCGCCUUUCUGAGUGCACCUGGUUCUUACUACGUUCUCUCCCAGCUCCUUCAGCUUGGGAUAUUCUCUCACCCUUUUGAGGAUCGCAGCGUACGUCACACCGUCGUUUGCUUUGACGUCUAGAGCGUCUCCCUCCUCUGGCACGGCCUAAAGUCUGUUUUUUCCUUCUCUCUUCUACGGGUCGCCAUUCCCGAGCAAAUGAAAAGCCCAUAAUACCCCCUUGGUCAUGGGGUUUGACAUGGGUGUUUGAAAUGGGUUCAGACCAUGAAAACACCAUCAUCAUGGUCCGGUAGAUCCCAUAUAAGAUACCAUAUGUUGGUGUAUUUAUGGGUUAUUGAGACCAUUUUAUGGUGUCUUGAUGGUUGUGAAUUUUGUCACGGACCAUGUUUAAGGUCUUUUGAAGGGGCUAUGUGGUGUUUGAACCCAUGAGUAUUUGCUCGGGUUCACUCUCCAUUUUUCGGUUAUUUCGCUGUCUUUCACCGACCUUCUUGGGCUUUUUCGGUUUCUCCUCCUCUCCUGGUGUUUCCCUUAAUCUUUUCACAGAACGGCGUCUCAUAGGCUUCUGCUUUUGCUAUCUCCGUGGUUUUCAGUGCCUUUUAGGCGUUUUCAGUUCUCUCCAGUAACGCCUACUGUUCGCAUUCGGCUGCUGCUACGAUGGAUUUGAUGCUAAUUACUAGAUCCCUGAACUGUCUGUGCACGUUGCUCUUGGUUUACACGAAUUCACAGAGUUAUGCGAUUUUGUUGCCCUAGCUUCAUCACUUUAGGCAACUCAGACUGCUGGUCUUCUUAGGUGAUGCAUGGUUUCCGUGUGCGCACCUGAAACUCGUGCUCGGUAUGGUCUCAUUAUCGAGACAAAGUUUGCUGUUGCACUUGAUCGUUUUGUUGGGUCGGCGACCUCGCUAGCACACCUUUGGCGAACAUGGGUUCACCACACUUGCUUCGUUUCAUUUUUUUAUAUUUUUGUUGUCGUUUCCAUGUUUUUUGGGUCCCAAUUCCAAGCCGCUAUUUACGCCCGUGAUGUCGCAUGCGAGGGUUGACCUGGUUCUUCAUGGGGUACCGCGUUCAGAGUCGGAUCGGCGCUAGUCAGGAACGUUCAGUUGAGCUUAUUUCCACCGGCUAAGGUGCCGGGCUUCGAACGAACUUGGAGAUCUCCCAAAGUUUUACCGGCAUUAGCCUAUUCGCCGUUUCGGGGAAAUGUCACCCAUCCUUACUAGGAUAGUGGAAUGGCGCGGCUGUCGGUCUGUCGAGACUAAGAUAGUGCGAAACUCGUGAAAAGUGUAAGGAAGGUCACACAUCUGAACAUAUUUGAAUCUAUAUACAUAGCCAAUGCUGAACAAACGCUCUUGAUUGAGUACGAUGUGGCUAUAUCGUCGCUCUUUUUCACUUGACACAACUGAGAAUUCAGUGAAUCUUUUAACUAUUCUUGACAAGUACUGCACGUAGUAUGAAUGUGUGCGUCACUUACGUAAUCAGUCGGACAUCGUGCAACAUCUAGUUCGAAGCCGGUCGAGAAAAAAAUGUAAGGGUUUUUGUUCAUCACAGGGGAUCUGGAUUCAAUUCUUACGAGAUUGUUGUGAUUGUCAGAGGUGAAAAAUCUCUGGUUACCUCUUCCUAAAAUCGACGGUCCCGAUAUGUGUUCACGGUUCGACACCUAGGGUUUAGGUGUGGAGUUGUUUCUCUGACGUUUGUGAUUGGUACACAAUGCGGAACACGAACGAUGGGAAAAUCCUUGGAAUGUACUGUUAUUCUUUAAUUUAUUAUUUGUCUGUAUUCUUUAUGUUAUUAAAAAUUUGCUCAGUUGCAGUAUUUGUGUAUCGGGAGAAUAGACACAGCCUGAUACUACUCUGUAUAGAAAAUACCUUCCAACAAUGAUUUGUUAGAAUAUAGUUGUGGUAGACGGGCCAUAGUUGGACGAAUCCGAUAAAAGUCUAGUGCUUUUCGUAAAGCUAUGAGUCACGAGCCUUCGUGAUUGUAUGUAUGUACUGAGGUAUUCAGUAGAGUUGGAUUGAUUUUGUUUGAGGUAAGAACUGUCUGUUGGUGUGUCAGUGUGGAACGGGAGUCCGUGUUCGCUUUGGAUCAUCAAAGGAAGUCUCCACGUGACGCUUAGUAGAAUUCCUGAAUCACACACAAAAUCGAUCUGAAGGAUCUCCCACAGCUCUUUGGGAAGCUAUUGGCUGGAUGGAAAAGCUAUGGAUUUUUUUCUCCAAAUCUGAACAUGUUUCACUAUUUAUUUACAAAACGAACGAUCUGUUCAUAUUUGAACGCGUAGGUAGAUGUUUCGUUUGGGCUUUGUAACGACCAAACUAAUCCGGCCGCCAACCGACCUUACUUUUCAGUCUAACUUCACUGAGCUCUUUGCUGUUUUUAGAAACCAGUUGAAUCUUUGCCCAGAAAUACGCACUACCUUGUUAUCAACACUCGAUCCUGUUUAGACCAACCGAGUACGAUUUGUUUUAUCGGCCUUAUUCAUAAUUAUUCCUUUUGUGAAAUUUGUUAGGGCUAGAACAGCGAUUCUGAUCCGCAUUAGGCGCAGCCCAUGCAGGACGACUUUGUCUGUCGCGUUCCGCACUAGUUUUCCCAUGGACGAUCAAGAUAUUAUCUAAAUGAUGUUCACACGGCUGCAAUCAGCAAGUAGUACUAUUCAGAAAUUUCCUAGAAAAUCUAUAGAACAACUCAUUAUCAUCUUGGGUAUAACUGACGAAGAACCGCAUUUCUUCCAUAGUCACCCACUCCGGGUCAGACGCUAUUUAGAACGACUCCUAACCGUCGAGCUUCUCUCUUCUGUGAUAGUAGGAAUUCCCGAUCACAGGUUAAUGGCUCGAUUAAAAUCCGUUAAAGCAUUGAAACAUCACUUCGUCAUUUGUUAUUUUAGUUCUUUCAAAGCAAUAGUUUCAGUUCUGUGAAAAUGUACUACUAUGAAAAGUUUUAGGUAGAGAAAGCGUACGUAUGAGAGAUCACCAUCUCAUUUUAUAUUAUUUCAAACCAUAGGUAUUAUAAUCGUUUGCGCAGCCAAAUUUCAGUAAAUAAACUCAUAAGUUUAAAAUCAUUAUAUUUUACUAUCGUUUUGGGAACUAACUAUCAUAUAAAAUACUAAACAAAGUUCUGGCAAAUAAAAAGCAACAAAAUUAUGAACAUAUAAAGCAUCCUUCUGCAUUUUUGAAGUGCUUCAUUAAUCUUUAAAUUGAAAAAAAAAAGCUUAUCGAAACAAAAUUAAUAAAUUAGUUGAAAACGA